CCCCACCACCCCACCAAAAAAAAAAAAACGCAUUCCGCAGUCCGCACACGCGCGGCUGGAGGGCUGCGGCUGCGUGGCGGAGGCGACGGCCGACGGCGUUGCGGACGCCGUGGGUGGGUGUAGAGGCCGAGAGGGAGACGCGGGGAAGCUAGCUGCUAGCGUAGCCGGGCGCGGCGGGCGUGGGGGCUCGCGCUGCGCUGUCGCUCCAUGUCGGCCAACGGCGAGAGCGGCGGGGAUCCGGCGGCGGCGCGCCGCCGGUGGGAUCUCACCAACAAGGGGCCCGAGAGCACUCCAAUGUUGAAAGAGGCUGUGGAAAUGUCUACAGAUGAAGAAUCAGAUGGUGUUGUUAUAUGCCAUCUGAAUGGUAACACCGAUGGAUGCGACGAAACCAUUAGUGGUAGUCGUGAUGAUGAUAGCCCAGAAGGCCAGGAAACUAAUUCCAUUAAGGACCCUGAUGUACAAGGUGACACACAGGAAGACAAGUGUGUAAAUCAAGAUUCACUGAAGUUGAUUGAUCAAGAGAAGUCUGCUCCCCCCAAGUCCCCAGCAAAGUCUGCGACUGCCAGUUCUGGAUCGGAGAGGCCUAAACGUGUUGUUCCCCAACCAUUCUCUCUUUCUACGCAAAGAAGGUCAUCGGGAGUAAAUGGUGGUGUGACCAAUCCAUCGGCAAAUAAGGAUAAAUCUGGUGAUAAAAGUAGCAUAUCUCCAGCAAGCAUGACAAAGAAGAGUACGCCGGUGGCACCUAAGAAGACUUUGCAGCCUGAGCAGGCAUUUCACCCUGUGGAAGAGGACUCUUGUUCUGUGACUUCCUCAACUACAACAUCAACAAGAGCUGGCAGAACUAAGACAACUGUUCCCGUUGCCCCUUCAUUUGUGUGUGCUAACCGUGCUGACAAGAGGAAGGAGUUCUACACAAAAUUAGAGGAGAAACAUAAAGCUUUGGAAGCAGAGAAGGACGAGGCUGAGGCCAGGAAAAAGGAAGAGCAAGACGUUGCUUUAAAACAACUAAGGAAGUCAUUGGUGAUUAAAGCAAAACCCAUGCCAAGCUUCUAUCAAGAAGGGCCCCCACCAAAGGCUGAACUUAAGAAGGUGCCUACUACUCGUGCCAAAUCACCAAAAUUUACAAGUUCAAGGAGAAAGAGCUGCAGUGAUACAACACAAACACCUGAGGGGAAAAAUACCAAUUCAACAUCUACCCGGUCACAUCGUCACAGCAUUGGGACUUCUAAAGACGCUAACAGAGUACAAUGCUCGCCGAAGAGUGGUGUGGCGACCAAAACUAGAUCCGUCAAGCCUGAGCUGAAGGCCCUCUGAAGAGCAUGGAGCAGCCAAGCGCUGCGAUUGUCUUUGUACAAACCGAAUUGCCUAACUCUUAGCCGUUUCCAUUUCCAUGCAUUUUUUUCUUUUAUUCUAUACCCAACAUCUCCACCAAAAGAAGGCUGUAGGGCCAAUCACGUUGUUCGCGCUGCUGAACCUUAUCCAUUUUCUUACAUUCGUCUUGUACUCGUAAGAACUCUGUUGCUGGACCAUGUGAUGUAAAUUACUUGAAGAUCCUUGUAGGGAGUUCGCCUGGCGUUUUGGUCC